GGUGGCUUGGCUUAGCCUCCCACCUCGGGGAUCUGGCAAAGUGGCAGCACUCGAACGACCACCACCGUGCAUCUCGUCAGCGCUGCGCGUCGAGUCGAUUGAUUCGGCAACAUCCGCUGCGACGCGACCGAGCUAUCAGCAACCUGUCCGGACGUCACCGUGGCCUUAGCGAACAAAUCCUUGGCCCUACGACGGAGGUUAUCAAAGACGCGCAACACCCCAAACGCACGCGGACACCAAUCUGAAGACGGACAUCGAAGCGUCCAACCUCGCGACUACACUGAGGAGCGGCAAUUCCCCUGGUGGAGAUCAACAAGGAGUGCAAAGUGGUGCUCCGAUCAGCAACUUGGUGAUCUGGCGGGUCUUCGGUGACCGGGGUUCUCCAAGGGAGCAUUCGACAUUUGGCGCCCAUCUCUCUGGAUGUUGCCAUUACAUUCCUCGUCAAAAGGGAAGAUGCACCGCCAUGCCUUUUCCAACGGGGCAUAUCCCUCACAAGGAGGGGGCACCUUUUCAAUCCAACCUCACAAAUUCCAGCCACGGUCACAGCCCGCGCUCCGGCGGCGGAGAACACUGAUCCAGCGCUUGCUGAUCGUAGGCUCGCUGUUCUUUACCGCCCUAUUCUUCUUCUUCCCCGACUUGCGACCGAACCUGGGCUCCGGGCCUCUCAGCUUACUCACUACGAGCGAUGACGCGCAACUCGAAACGGUACGAUACUACGACCUAAACAAUGUCCAAGGCACGGCAAGGGGAUGGGAGCGGGAAGAACGCAUCCUGCUAUGCGCUCCGUUGCGAGACGCGGCUCCGCAUUUGCCCAUGUUCUUUGGCCAUCUAAAGAACCUCACCUACCCGCACAACCUUAUUGACUUGGCGUUCCUCGUUGGAGAUUCCAAGGACAACACCAUUUCUCUCUUGACAGAGAAGUUGGAGGAGCUACAGGCCAAUCCCGAUCCCAAGCAGCAAUUUGGCGAGAUCUCCAUCAUGGAGAAGGAUUUCGGACAAAAGGUCAACCAAGAUGUUGAGAGUCGUCACGGUUUUGCGGCACAGGCUGGCCGCCGAAAGUCAAUGGCGCAGGCGCGAAACUGGCUGCUGAGCGCUGCUUUGCGACCAACGCACAGCUGGGUCUAUUGGAGAGACGUCGAUGUGGAGACUGCUCCCUUUACAAUCUUGGAAGAUCUGAUGCGACACAACAAGGAUGUCAUUGUACCGAGUAUGUACGGCCACACAUGGUACAAGUUUGCACUGCUAACAUCUUACUUAGACGUCUGGCGACCGCUUCCGGACUGGCUCGGCGGAGAGCAGCCAUACGAUCUGAACUCCUGGCAAGAAUCCGAGACGGCUCUUGCUCUUGCCGACACUCUCGACGAGGAUGCAGUCAUUGUUGAGGGAUACGCAGAGUACGCUACCUGGCGCCCGCAUUUGGCCUACCUUCGCGAUCCCUACGGCGACCCAGACAUGGAAAUGGAAAUUGACGGUGUUGGUGGUGUCAGUAUUCUUGCGAAAGCCAAGGUCUUCCGUUCCGGUGUCCACUUCCCUGCGUUCAGUUUCGAGAAGCACGCUGAGACGGAGGGAUUCGGCAAGAUGGCAAAGCGCAUGAAAUUCUCCGUCGUCGGCCUUCCCCACUACACUAUUUGGCAUCUUUACGAACCCAGUGUCGACGACAUUCGUCACAUGGAAGAGAUGGAGAAGGAACGCAAGGCAAAGGAGGCCGAGGAAGAGGCCAAGAAGGCAAAGGAGAACAAGAUUAAGGAGAACUUUGACGAGAAGAAGAGCGACUGGGAGAAAGAGAAGGCGGCGGUUCAAGACAUGGUUCAGCAAGCAAAGAACGAGGAGAAGGCCGCAGCCGAAAAGGCCAGGCAACAAGAAGCAGCAGCGAAACAGGAGUCGAAUCAGGCAGACACCAGAGAGGAGAAGCCAGUCGAAAAGAAGGAGGGCGAUCAAUCGUAGUCGUUACAGCACCCACAUAAUCCCAAGGGUACGGGACCUCGGUCUGCAUCCAUGUUCGCAAUAUUGGACCACGGUGGGUCGAACCACCACAGCAACGACACAACGAUUGAGGCAGAUUGGGCACAGAUCUGACCUUUGUUUCUUU